AUGAGGACAAAAUUUGAUAUUGUAUCUGCUAGAACAGUUGAUGACAAAGAAAAUCAAAAAAAAUAUGUUGUAUAUGAUAUUAAAAUUUAUCACCAAGGAUCUGAUAAUGAUACCCAAGCAAUAUUCGUGGAAAGACGUUAUUCUGAUUUUUUAGAAUUGUUUUUAAAUUUACGUCAAAAUUAUCCACAAUUGACUACAAAAAUUUCAUUUCCACGUAAAGUUUUGAUUGGAAACUUUUCAUCAGAUCUGAUACAAACAAGACUAUCAAGCUUGGAAAAUUUUUUAAGAAUUAUUUCAGAAAAUGUUACACUGCUAGAAAGUUUAGGAUUUAAAAUGUUUUUAAUUGGAAAUGAUGAUAAACUUGCCAAAAAAUAUUUAUUUAACAAAAAAUAUUAUGAGGCCAAACCACUAUUAGAAAAUAAUUUUAAAAUAUUAAAUAAAAUUCAUACCGAAAGACAUCCAGCUGUUAUUGUUGCUCUUUGUCGUCUUGCUGCUUGCUGUACUGCAGAUACAAAUUUACUAGAAGACGCCAUCAAAUAUUCUGAAAUAGCAAUAAGACGUUUUGAUGGAAUCAGUGAUGUUGAUUUAUUGUACUAUUACAUACCAUUGCUUCAAAUGUGUAGUUACUUGUGGGAAAUCACUGGGAAAGACAAAGGAAUUUUAGAAUCUAGAUUGAGUUCAUUGAAGUUACGUGGACAUAGAGUUGACGGUUGUCCAUCUUUACUUGAAUCAAUUUUAAACAUUGAUUAA